AUGGACAUCUCGACUCUCCCCAAUAACAACCACCCAGAAAAGUUCUUGCAACUGGACGUGGGGAUGUUGCCCGUGACCCAUGGAAUGUUCCAGAUCAACGCGAUUCUGACCGGACAGAAGCAGUGGCAAAACAGAGUCUACUCAGAGAGGGAAAGAAGAAGCCUGAGUGUGCAGAGGUCAUCCCCGGAGGGCAGUCCUGUGUUGGUCGACUCGGUCCUCCGCAAGCACGUCACGCCAAUCACCAUGACGCCAAAGGUCAGGACAAACCCCCUCUACUCGGACAUGAUCAUCGACAUCGCAGACAACCCAAAGUCGAAGCCCUCCUGGACCAUUCAGGAGUACGACAGACAAACGAUGCAUGGAAAUUUAGGAGACUAUUUAAAGGAGGACCCGGGAGAGCUCAAUUUUUGGCUAGAAGAGCUUUACACUCCGGGGUACGACUCCCUGUUGAGGAAGAAACAGGCUGAACUCACAAGGAAAAAGAUCUGCAAAUGGGGCUCCUACUUCUUAUUCACCGAGGCUGCCGUGGUGAUGUAG